AUGUGGACACAAAGACGGGCGGUGGAGAUGCGGCGACGAAAGCGGCUGAAGGCGGCCAAGUCUGAUCCUCCGAAGCCUCCCCAGGCUGAUCCGCCGAAGGAAGCACCCAAGGCCGAUCCACCGAAGCCGAAGGAGGGAGCGAAGGGUGACAUCGGCAAGCCGCCAGCGCCGCCCAAAUUCGGAGGGCUGAAGAAGGCUCCGCCGAAGGCCAAGGAGAAGCCGCCGCCGAAGCCACCAAGACAGUUCAAGAUGAAGAAGGACGACGCGCCGAAGCCACCAAAGCCGCCGAAGGAGAAGAAGGAGAAGCCGCCCAAGCCGCCCAAGGACAACAGCGCGAAGGCGGAGGCGGCGGCGAAAAAGAAGGCAGACGCUGAGGCAGCCAAGGCGAGGAAGAAGUCGGAUGCAGAGGCGGCCAAGCAAGCGAAGGCGGAUGCGAAGGCGGUUAAGAAGGCUGCGGCUGACAGCAAGAAGGCUGAAGCGGCGGCAGCAAAGAAGAAGGCUGCUGAAGACAAGGCGAAAGCGAAGGAGGCGAAGAAGUCGGAAGCAUGGGCCAAGAAGCAGGCCGAUGCUGCGGUCCGCAGGGGUUCGAAGUUGUACAAACCCCCGCCGGUGAGGGCAUGA